AUGUAUAUCAAGAAAGUGCAAGUACAAAAUUUUGUCAGCUACAGAGAGCUCGACAUGCCUAAUGAUCUUCACCCAGGAUGUAAUCUAGUUCUUGGCUAUAAUGGCUCCGGCAAAUCUAAUUUUUUGCAAGCCAUAAUCUUUGCACUAAGUGAUAGCCAUAGUAAGAAGUCAAAGCAAGAGAGAACUAUGAUGCUAAAUAAUAGAAGUGCAACCAAAGAAUACUCAGUUGAAGUGACUCUGGACAAUCAUAAGUAGAAGCUACCCGUAGCUGGAAAUGAUGUUAUAGUUAAGAAGGUAUACAACUGCGACACCGAUAGGGAGACAUACUUUUUGAAUGGCCAACAUAUUUAGGAAAGAGAAAUUUUCAACAUUUUUGAAAGCGGUGGAUUCUCACUCUCAGGAACAUCUCAGUUCCAGAUUGUUUAGUAAGGCUAAGUAGAGCAACUCGUGCUUCAAGGAGAAGAAGGCUUUUUGAAGAUGUUAAAGGAGGUAACAGGGACUGAGUCAUUUGAUUCAAGAGUUGAUAAGAUGAACCAAGUUCUAAGUGAGUGCAAUACUAAGAAAACUCAGCUUGAGAAAAUCCUUGACGCUAUCAAAAGCAGAUUAGAUGAACUUGGGAGGGAAAUUGAGGAGUAUAGAGAGAUUCAAAAGAUCGAAAAAGAGAAGAAAGCCCUUGAACUCGCACUUCAUACCACUAAAACUCAGGCAAAUAAUGGCGAGAUUGAGAAUUUGAGAAGACAAAAGCUAUCAUUAAUGGAGUAGAGGAAGAGUAUAAUUGAUUAAAGAGACGAUAUUCUCAUUGAAAAUUCGAACUAGAAGGACUAGAUAGAUUCCUGUAAGAAUAUGAUUUAAUUACUCGAAGCAAAGAUUCACAAUCUUAACUAAAUGAGAAAUGAGAUCUUGAAUUCCUAGGUUAACUCAGAGUAGUCAGCAAAUUAGAGACUAGUUUAAAAGAAUCUCAAUGAUUACUUUAGUGUCUCCUAUGACUAAUAGAUUCAAUAACUCAAUCAAGGUGUAGAGCUAUUGCAUAAAGAAAUAGAUAAGCUAUAAGAGUAAAACACCGCCAUAGAAAUUGAUAUAUAAAAAAUCAAGCUAAAACAAGGAGAAUUGAUUAGAGAAAAAGAUUUGUUGCUGCUGAAAAAAGAAACUCUAGAAAAGUUCAAGAAUCCAUAACAAAGGAAAAAGUUCUUCUAGGAGGAGUAGAAUAGAAUUUAAGUUUAGCAAGCCAACGUUAAGAAAGAUAUAGAUGAUGCACAUAAAAACUUAGACUUGGCCAAUAAGAGAGUCCAAGAGCUAAACUAGAAAAUCUAGGCUAGGUAGCAAGAUAAUGAGACUUUGAAGAACAGAAUGAAAGAUGCUGAGAGGGAUAUCUUAGAAGCGAGAGAAGAAAAGAGAAGAGUUGCAGCUCAGUUAAAAUCAUUCAUGUUCUAGUAAAAUGAACUUGAUCUAGAAAUUAAAGCUUUGAAGACUAAGUAUGGUGCUGAGGUAGAAUAACUUGAGAGACUUGAUCCGAUCUAUUCAACUCUUAAGAGACUUAAAUUGCUGAUUAAUGAAAAGAAUGUUGCUGGGUUCAAAGGAUUACUUAUUGACUUCAUUGAAUGUGAUAAUAGAUUUGCAGCUUGUGUAGAUCUUGCUGCUAAAUCUAAACUACUAUCAAUUAUUGUUGAUGACCUGGAAACAGCAAAAGAGAUCCUUGCUCUUAACAACCAGAUAAAAGGUGGUGUUAUAAAUAUCUAUCCAUUGUCAAUCAUUGAUAACUCUCAAGAAAAGCAAAGAAACUAUCCAUAGUCUAAUGAAGUAAUGCCGCUUUUCUAAUAAAUCAAGCUCAAGGAGGGAGCAGAUCCAAGAUUGGCUAAACUUAUCUAUAAUAUUUUCUCUAAGGUUGCCCUAACAAGAACUUAUCAAUUAGCCAUGGAAGUAGCUAAGGAUUAUAACCUUACUUGCGUUACUCCUGAUCUCCAAAUCGUCUAUGCUGGAGCAUUUAUUACUAGAGUUGGACAGUAUAACAAGUCUCAGCAGGAUAGAGUUAGCAUAUACAGAAAAGUUAUUAACAUUCAAAGCUAAGUAGAGUAAAAAGUGGCACAAUAAAUCUCACUAGAAAAGGAAAAGGAUAAGUUAUCUGGCGAUGAUUUGGAUUCAAUGAGAAAAAUCUAAAAGGCUGAAAUUACAAUGAAUAACUUGAAAAGUUAAUCAUAGUAAAAUAAUACUAUCUUGUUUGACCUCUAAAUUUAAAUUGAGCAAAAGACUCAAGGUGUCAAAGACCAUUAGAGAGUAAUUGAUAAUCUGAACUAUCAAGAUAAUUAGGCUUUAGAAAAUCUAAAGGAUUUAGAAAAAUAAUCUUAGAGUCAAGGUGAAGCUUUUAGUGAGCAAGAUUAGCAUAGAUUAUUAUUCUUGAAUAAGACUCUUGAUGAGCUUAACAGACAGCUUUACCAAAAGGAAAAUGAGAGGACCUAAUUCACCAAUCAACUAAAUUAAGCCUCUAAGAUGCUCAAUGAUAAUUAUCUCAAGAGAAAGAAUGAUCUUUAGCAUAAUAUCUUAGAACAAGAAAUCGAGACUAAUAUAUUGGGGAAGAAGAAUGAAGAUUCAGAUAAACAUUAGAAUGAAGUAGAAUCCAAAAGAAUUGAAAAAGAACUGUAGAUUUAUGGUUAGCAAUUAUAAAAGAAAAAUGAUGAGCUAAAAAAUUUGAUGUCAACCAUCGAGGUUCAAGAAGAGAACGAUGGUUUGAUGCAAUAGCUCAGAGCUAAAACUAUAGAAAUUGAAGAGAUAAGCAUGAAAAUUGAUGAGGUAUAAGGAAGAAAUUUUUAACUUGAGACACUAAUUAAAAAGAUUGAAAGCUAUGAUAAGCAGACAUUUGAUAAUGCUAUGAAGGACUUUGAGCAUCAAAGUAUUGUUAGAGAAAUCAAUUCUAGAGGGCAAGAGCUUGAAAAGUUCCCAAGGAUGAAUAGACAUUGUGUUGAAUGGUAUGAUAAGUACACAUCUAAGCAUGAAGAUCUUCAGAAGAAGUUCAAAGAUCAAAUUGAGACUGAAUAAGGUCUUUUAAGACUUCUUGUGGACCUUGAUUUGCAGAAAUAGCAAGCAUUGGAAAAGAACUUUAUGAAGUUGAACUAAAACUUCCAAGAUAUUUUCGGUAGAAUCGUGCCAAAUGGGAUGGCUGAGAUGAGACUUAUAAAGAAAGAUUAACAGGAUGAAUCUCAAAUAUCUCACCCAUCUCAAUUCCAAGAGGGUUCUUAAGUCAUGUAGAUAGGCUAAUAAGUCUAUAAAGGUAUUAAGGUUAGAGUCUCCUUCACUGGCUAAAAUAAUUAGCUUGAGGGAUUAGGCCAUCUAUCUGGAGGAUAAAAAGCUGUGGUUGCUGCUUCUCUUCUAUUUGCUAUCUUUAAGAUUGAACCUGCCCCAUUCUAUAUAAUGGAUGAAUUCGAUAAUGCUCUUGAUGCUGAAUUCAGAGGUGCUAUUGCAGGGUUGAUUUAUGAGCUAUCUGCUUAAUCUCAGUUCUUGAUUACCACUUUCAAGCCUGAGCUUAUUGAUGGAGCUGAUAGACUUUAUGAAGUCAUGACUAAGAAUAACAAAAGUGAGAUUGCUCAAAUCGAUUCGAAAAAGGCUUAUGAAAUCAUCAAUGAUACUGCUAAUAGCAAAUGA